AAACAACAAGCAGAGCAAAACCAUGGAGACCUUUGGCGGGAAAUCGAGAAGCUAAUUGGCGGGAAAAUCAGAUCCUUAUAAUGAUAUUUUCAUUUCCCUUUAAACUUUCCAACACUGAACUGCAUCCGUUCUAUUCAAUAUUCUAAUCCCUACACAACUCUCAUCAGAAAAGCUCAACAUCAUGAUGUUCUCCGAGAGUCAGUUCGACGGCGGAUCUCAGAUCGCCAGUUCUCCUGCCACUGCCGCUGCGAAUCGUGACACUUUUGGACUUGUGCCGCUCACGAUAAAGCAGAUCAGUGAAGCGUCUCACUCCGGCGACGAUAAAUCCAACUUCAAUGUUUCCGGUGCAGAUGUUGUUAAUGUAUCGGUGGUAGGGAUGGUGUUUAAUAUAGUGGAAAGGAAUACUGAUGUUACUUUCAGCUUAGAUGAUGGAACUGGAAAAUUGGACUGCAAGAGAUGGCUCAAUGAACCGUUUGAUAGAUUGCAGAUGGAAGAAAUAAGAGAAGGGAUUUAUGUUCAUGUUGAUGGACACUUGAAAAGCUUUAAAGGUGAAAAGCAUGUUGCCGUUUUCUCUGUUAGGCCUGUGACAAAUUUUGAUGAGAUCACCUUCCAUUUCAUUGCAUGUAUACAUCACCAUGCGCGUACGUCCAAAGUUCAGAAGAUUCAAGGGGAUGGUGAGAACAUAAACUCAACUCCAAAAACACCUAUCCAGAAUGGGACUAGUGGUUUUGUGUCCACCCUCUCAAGUCAGCAUUCUGUACCUUUUAAUGUUGAUGGAGUGAAAGGCGUUGAUCAACUUGUUCUUUCUUAUCUCCAGAAUCCUGCAAACCUUGCUAAUGAAAAGGGCAUAAAUACAGAUGAACUGUCACAGAAGCUGAAACUUCCUUUUGACAAGAUCAUGGAAUCCAUAAAAACACUGGAAGAGGAAGGCGUGAUAUACUCAACAAUUGACGAAUCCCACUACAAAGCAUGUUGAUGCAAGCUGCAAUAUGAUGUUAUGAACUUUAUAUGUGAAGUUUGUCUAACCCUUUCUUUUGGCUGGCACUGGUUUAUAGUGCAAUGGAGUUUCUGAAACCUUUUUAUUCUUUUAGACAUGUUUUUUUAUAUAUCUGCAUUCACUGUUUACCAAACAGGUUGUGCUUAGGCUGUAGUAAAAGUAAACAAUUCGGCUC